AUGUCUGUGGAAAAACAAAUUUCAAGCUAUUUGUGUCUGCUUGUCACAUAUGCCGUUAUAUUUUCCCUAAUCAGCAUUGAGACGGAAGCCUAUCAGAUGCUGAUACCACCAGGCGAGGAUGGCAAUUGUACAUAUCGUGGCGAUAAACUGGAAUUAGGACAACAGCCUGGUCCGGUGCCAUGUCAGCGUUUGACAUGCAACGAGGAUGGUUCGGUGCUGGUGGAAGGCUGCGGCAAAUUAUGGAUCCAAAACUGCAAUCGUGGCGAACGCAUCAAUCCCGAAAAGCCCUACCCAGAGUGCUGUAAAUUGGUAUACAAAUGUAAAAAUCCCGAUGGCUCUUCAUACUACAUUGAAAAGGAUGCCCUUGAGGGCAAUAAUGUGAAAAGUGAAAAUUCAACAUAG